AUGUCUGCACAUGUGAGAGCUUUAGUGCUUGAUGCUACUCCAUUGAUCACGCAAUCAUACGCUCAUUACCAAAACUAUGCUGAAACAUUUUAUACUACACCAACUGUGUUCCAUGAAAUUAAGGAUGAACAAGCUAGAAAAAACUUGGAGACCUGGCAAAGUUUGGGCACUUUGAAGUUGAUCCAUCCUUCUGAAGAGUCUAUUGCUCAUGUGAGUGCAUUUGCUCGUUUGACUGGUGAUUACUCUGUUCUUAGUGCCAACGAUAUACAUAUUAUUGCAUUGGAAUAUCAAUUAGAAUGCCAGUUGAAUGGUGGUGAUUGGCGUUUAAGACAAAAACCCGGAGAUUCCAUUAAAGAAUCACAAGAGAAAGAAGCAUCUAUUGAAGCCAAGGCCGAGAGGCAGGCAGCCACACCAACUGGCCAAAAGAAAAGAAGAAGAAGAGGUGGUAAGAAGCAAAGAGAAAAGAAAGAACAACGUGAAUUAGAAGAAACAGUUGAAAAAGCAGAGCCUGAAGAGACAAACGAACCUGAAGAGCCAGUUGAAAAAGAAGUAAAAUUUGUUGAGGAAGAAGUAAAACAACAAGAACAACCUGCAACUAUUGACGAGAGCGAAGAAAGUACAUUGGUUGAAGAUUUUGUAGAUGGUGAUGAUGAUGGUGAAUGGAUUACACCUGAUACACUUGUUGAAACCAUGAUUAGAGACAGUGGUGAAGAUACGUCUGGUUCAAAUGGUGUCGUGGCCAUUGAUAACGAUAGCUCCAAUUUAAUUAGCUUACCUCGUAAUCAAGUGGCUCUUGCCACAGGUGAUUUUGCUGUUCAAAAUGUUGCAUUACAAAUGAAUAUGAAUCUAAUGAAUUUCAUGUCUGGGUUGAAGAUCAAGAGACUUCGUAACUAUAUGUUGCGUUGUCACGCAUGUUUCAGAAUAUUCCCAUUACCAAAGGAUGGCAAACCAAAACAUUUCUGUCCAUCCUGUGGUGGUCAAGGUACUUUACUAAGAUGUGCAGUAUCUGUUGAUGCACAGACUGGUGCCGUGACACCGCAUUUGAAGGCCAACUUCCAAUGGAACAACAGAGGUAAUAUAUAUUCAAUGGCUAGUCCGCUAUCUAAGAAUUCUCAAAAGAAGUAUGGUAAGAAAGGUUACGUUCACAACAAACAGAACAGUAAUCACAUGCAAGAUACACCAUUGCUAAGAGAAGAUCAAAAGGAAUAUCAACAAAUGGUGAAACAGGACGAAUGGACUAGAAGACAUAACGAGAAAGUUUUGGACAACUGGAUCGGUGGUGGGUCUGCUGAUAAUUACAUGUCACCAUUUGCCAUGAGCGGUCUAAAACAUCACAGUUACAAGGUCGGCAGAGGUCGUUACGCCAACAGUAACAAGAAGAAAUAG